CCUAUCCUUUGGUGGUCGUUUGGUUCUCCUUAAAUCGAUACUUUCUUCUCUCCCUUUGUACUAUUUAUCUUUGUUUAAAAUUCCUGCUUGUGUGCUGAAAAUUAUUGAAAAAAUUUAGAGAGACUUUUUAUGGGGUAUGUCUAGGGAAGGGGAAAGGAAGAUUUGAUGGGUGAGAUGGGAUCGGGAUUGUGGAAGAAAGUUCUAUUAGAAAAAUAUUAUGGUGCAAGGGGAGAAGUGGGUGUAGGCGAAACUAGGAGGAGAAGGGUAUCAAAAAUAUGGGAAGAUAUUGUAUCCUUAGGAAAGGAAGGUAGUGAGAUGGUGGGGAUUGUGGGGAAUAGCUUUACUUGGGAGGUAGGUGAUGGUAAUAGAGUUAAGUUUUGGAAAGAUGUUUGGUUGGAAAGGAGAAAUCUUGGGAUGGAUUUUCCAAGAUUAAAAAACGUGGCAACGAAUGUUGAUAUAAAAGUUGGAGAGAUGGGGGAGUGGUGUGAGGGGGUUUUGAGAUGGAAGAUAGAUUGGAGAAGGGAGUUAGUAGGGAGGGCUAGAGAAGAGCAGAUAUCAUUGUUAACACAGUUAGAAGGAGUAACAAUAAGGGAGGGAGUAGGAGAUAGAAGAAUUUGGCAACAUGAUAAAAGUGGGAACUAUUCUGUGAGGAAGGCUAUUUCAAUGCUAAUUGAUAAUCAAAGAGUGUUGGAUAGUGACUUAUGCAAAGCAAUAUGGAAUAAAUUUUUGCUUGGAAGAGUUUGUUUUUUUGCAUGGAGACUAUUUUUGGACAGGUUACCAACUAAAAUGAACUUGGAACGAAGAGGUAUUCAUGUGAGCAAUGGAAACAUCAUCUACGUAAGAUGUAAUGAAGAGGAAGAGGACUUGGCGCACAUUAUUAUUAGAUGCAAGUUCACACACCAGGUAUGGAUGAAAUGCCUAAAGUGGUGGGCAUUCUAUGGCAUGCUACCAAAUCCAAUACAUGAGGCUUAUAACCAAAUAGUGCUGGGCAUGAGCAAGGCAAGAACAAGGAAUAUGUGGUCAAAUCUAUUUUUAACCAUAGGAUGGUCCCUAUGGAAUGCACACAAUAAUACCAUUUUCAAAGCUCAAGAGAUCUCAAUGGAGGAUGCCUUUGCGAAUAUUUAGGUCAAAUCUUUCUUGUGGUGAAAAUGAAAGGCUAAGGGUUUUAUUUCCACACUUUAUGAAUGGGAAAAUAAUCCUUUUGACUGUGCUAUGACAAUUAGAUAGGAUUUAGUUGAUGUUUGUAUUAUGUAAUUGCAAAUAUCUUUUUGGCUGGUUCUAUAAUUAGUAGAUGUAACGGGUUUGAGGUAUUCCUUGUACCUUUAUAAUAAAUUAUUUUUUGUUGA